UGUAACCUUUGUUCCUCAAGGGAGGUUCCUUGACUCUGGUGAGGGGCUCUUGAUCUAGGUAAUUGGAUCUGUGCCCAGUUCCCUGAAUUGAGCCUGAAUGCCUUCCAUCCUCCCCCCCCUCACAAGCACUGUAUAUUCCCUACGGGUUUAGCGCUUCCCCAUGAUUAUUAUAUAAUAAUCUGUGACCUUUGAUGCUGGUGAAGGGUUUUUCAUCCAAGGAAUUGAAAUUCCCCUUCCUUCAAAUGAAACCCGGUUACCUCUCAUUCCCACAAUGCUGUAUGAGCCCUAAGGGUUUAUCACUUCCAUAUUAAAAAUAUAUGGUGUAAAUAAUUGUAUCCUCACGUUGAAAACACGUGUUAUAAUUAAUGUCAAAUGUCUGGCCUGCUACUGCUUUACCUUGGUUACUUUUUACAGUAUCCAGCACCAGGAGAAUUUAACAGGAAAAAGGGGAGAGUAGGUUCCCUUUAUCGGGCAGGCGCUAGUACACUCGCGCCUGAUCAUGUGUUUUCUUGUGCAUGUCAUCCUACUCCCGCCGUGCAUUUAGAUUCCCAUUCUUUAUUUCUGACCAGUCCUAAGCCUUCCCUGAGUCGCUUCAGGUAAGUGGUGAUGGCAUCUGCUGGCUUCCCAUUGGUUGAGGGACCAAAAUAUAAACACUUGUUGCUUGGUGUCUCCGAGAGUGGGAUUUUUCCAUCUAGUGACACUCGUAUACUUUUGGAUUUUACCCUCUACAAUGUCGAUCAAUGAGAAAUUGUUUUAUGGUGACCCCUCCAACAACAAGUCAAAAUAUGCCUGUUUUUUUGGGGAAAGUGACUCAGAUCCGGAGCCAGAUGACCCAGAAUUGCUUGACAGUGGUGACGAAUACUUGCCACCGGAUGCAGAGGUGUCAAGUGAUGAGGAGGAAGAAGAUAGGCCAGCCAGAAAGCCAAAAUUAGUCAAGAAAAAGAAAGGUAUUACGAUCGAGGAGUACCCUGAUGAAGAACAUGUUCAUGACGAGCUUGGUCUUCAAGCUGACACCCACUGGUCCCACGUUGACAUCCAAAAUGACCCUUUUCCUAUAUACUAACAUGAACAGCCUCUUGCAAUUAGGUGUCCAUAUGAUUAUUUUUGCGAUUUCUUUACUCCAGACAUGAUAGAUAACAUAACAUAUCAAACAAAUUUGUGUGCCAAGCAAAAAAACACACUUAGUAUUUUUGUAACAGAUUCUGAAGAAAUCAUGUGGUUCAUAGGUAUUCUGUUGUUUAUGGGUAUUAAUUCAUACCCAGCCAUGGAAGACUAUUGGGCAACUACAUUUAGGAUACCCCAGGUUACAGAAGUCAUGGGAUCUAAGAGGUUUAGGUUGCUUAGGCGUACAAUUAAUUUCCAUGAUAGCACACAGAAGGAAAAUGACAGAUUCCACAAAAUAAAGCCUCUUUACACUGCACUAACUAAUGCUUGCUUGAAAGUUCCAGCUACACCCAAGCAGUCUGUUAAUGAAGUUAUGGUUGCUUUCAAGGGUAAAACUGCUGGAAGCCUAAGGCAGUACAUCAUAACCAACCCAGACAAGUGGGGUUUAAAACUGUUUUGUCGUGCAAGUGAAGAUGGAAUCAUGCAUGAUAUACUCAUGUAUCAAGGCACACCAACUUUUGACAACCAUCCCAUAAAGCUGGCACAUGAAGAAACUAAACUACCAAUAAGCUCAAAGAUUGUUCUGGUACUUGCAACCAAUAUCAACCAAACAAAUACAUCAGCAAUCUAUGCUGACAAUUUCUUUUCAAGUCUACCCUUGGUCAAGGUACUAAGAGACAAGUAUAACUGCAGAUACACUGGAACAGUACUUCAAAAUAGAUGUAGUAAGCCAGAACUGAUUUCUAUCAAACAAAUGGAAAAGAACAUACUGCCCAGGGGCAAUUUUGACUUCCAAACUAAUGGUGUCCUUGUUGUAAGAUGGAAGGACAACAAAGUUGUGACUAGUGACAAAUGAUGUGGAGGUUAAUCCUGUGAGUCUUACUGAAAGAUAUAACAAGGAUACAAAGACCAAAAACCAGUCACAGUGCCCUGCAGUCAUCAAGAACUAUAAUGCACACAUGGGAGGUAUUGACAAAAGUAACAUGUUGGUGCAUCUGUACAAAACACCUGUGAAAUGUAAACGUUGGUACAUGUGGCUGUUUGUCUAUGUUCUUGAUCUUGCUGUUGUGAAUGCAUGGCUUCUUUACUGCCGUGAUUAUCGGUCACUAAAUACCGACUGCAUGCCAUUGAAGCUUUUCAGGAAUGAAAUCUCUAUCACUGCAAGAUACAAAGGACAAAUGUUUAGACGCAGCAGCAUAAGAACAAGAGCUUCACCAAGUACUGCCAAUGGUGACAGUAAUGAUGAUUUGUUAACCUUGCAAUUGCCAACUGCUAUGCAGUACCAACGUGCAGAAAGGCCUGAUGACAGUGUAAGGUUUGACACAACUCUAUGUCACUGGCCAGUGCUAGGCAAGCUACUUAGUUGCAAGUAUUACAGCAAAAAGAAAAGUUAUGUCACAUCUUCAUUUUACUGUUCCGUAUGCAAAUGAAAUCUAUGCAUAAAGAAGGAUAAAAAUUGCUUCAUAGACUUUCAUUCUAACAGUUAGUAAUAUAGAAUGAUUGUUCUUUCUCAGGAAACUCAGGAAUAUGGGACUUGAAAGUUUUAUCCCUUUGCAAUGUGUCCAUGUUGCUAUUUCGUUCAUUUUUACAUUUUUCUA